GUGGCGGUGUCUCUGGAGGCUCACGUAUCCCAUCGGCCCUGGCGCCAGGCGGAAGAAGGCGUGGAGGUGACUCUCUGGCUCGCAUCGCCUCCGCUCUCCUAUCCCGCCUGACGUUGGACAACAAAGAUGGCGGCAGGAACCAGCAAUUACUGGGAAGAUCUCAGGAAACAGGCUCGGCAGCUGGAAAAUGAACUUGACCUGAAACUAGUUUCCUUCAGUAAACUCUGUACAAGUUACAGUCACAGCAGUGCCCGAGAUGGAAGACGCGACAGGUAUAGCUCUGACACAACACCCCUUUUAAAUGGAUCAAGCCAAGAUAGAAUGUUUGAAACUAUGGCAAUUGAGAUUGAACAGCUUUUGGCCAGGCUUACAGGAGUAAAUGAUAAAAUGGCAGAAUAUACUAACAGUGCAGGUGUCCCGUCCUUGAAUGCAGCACUGAUGCAUACAUUACAGCGACAUAGAGACAUAUUGCAGGAUUAUACACAUGAAUUCCAUAAAACCAAAGCAAACUUUGUGGCAAUACGGGAAAGGGAGAAUCUCAUGGGAUCAGUACGAAAGGACAUUGAGUCAUAUAAAAGUGGUUCUGGAGUAAACAACAGAAGAACUGAACUAUUUUUGAAAGAACAUGACCACCUUCGAAACUCAGAUCGUCUAAUAGAAGAGACAAUAAGCAUUGCUAUGGCAACAAAAGAAAAUAUGACUUCACAGAGAGGAAUGUUGAAGUCAAUUCAAAGCAAAAUGAACACUUUGGCCAAUCGUUUUCCUGCUGUGAACAGCCUGAUCCAGCGGAUCAACCUUAGGAAGCGGCGAGACUCCCUCAUCCUGGGGGGUGUUGUUGGCAUCUGUACCAUCCUAUUGCUGCUCUAUGCUUUCCAUUGAUGGGACAUCUCCGGGGACUCUUGACAGCCACCACUUUCUCGCCCUGAUCUGGAAUAAGGAAAAGUAGCAAGGAGAAGUUGACUGACCUGACAAUGAGCCUGACCAGCAGGAUUCAUUCAAGACAGAUAGUGAUGGACUCCGUGACAUUGUCAGGUUGAGCUGAAGCCACAGGUUUUCUGUGCUGUCUUUUCUAACACACAUUUCUCUCUGUUUUUAGUUUAAAAAAAAAUUUUUUUUUCAGUUGCUUUUGUCUCCCCAAGAGGUAAGUAAACUCAUCAGAACCAGAGUGUCUGUGCUUCAGUGAUAGUGCUGGAGGCUGCUGACCAGCCAGUUCACAGCCAGAGUCUUCAGAAAACCAGGCUUCUCUAUAUCCAAAGACUGCUUUCCUUUCAGCCACCAGAUGGGGUUGUGAAUAAAAAUAGUUUUUGUCCUUUUAUUUUACACUCAUGGUGAGAAAUCACAAGUUAUUUCUUGAUGAUCUGUGCUCUAAAUUUCUACUCUAUGUCCCCAGCUCUUUUGGUAUUCAAGAAAAAUUACAUUUUUCACAGAAUCUUUGAGACGCUCCCAGGCCAACUUCAACACAGUUGAGGUUGUCUGAAACAGAAAACAAGCACUGCAAAAAUUUUUUCUUGAUCUUUUUUUAAUUUUAAUUGUGCACCCACUGGGGUUAAUUAACUGUAUUGCUGGGAAAACAUCAAGAAGGACACGCGCUUUUUGUCAGCUUUUUCCACUGGGUUACCAUUUGCUACUACAAGAAAAUGAAAUCCUAACUCUACCAUGACAGGAAGUCAGUGUCUGUCGGUGCCCCCAGCUCGUCCUCAUCACGUCGGAAUUAACACUGGCCACUGAGGCAGGGUGUUAAUCCAUUUUCAGUGAGAUGUCUUUAACAAGCCACGUGUCAAAAGACAGUGAGGGGUCACCAUCCAGAUAAUUCCAUUUGUAAAUGUCCCACAAUUUAUGAGCAAAAGUUUAAGAACCAUUGUCUCAUGUACCAGGAAUUCUGUGUUCUGUGAAAACAUACUCAUUCCAAACCUGUUAAGUUUUUCCAAACAUCCAGAGAAUGGCUUUGCUGUUGGAGGUGCUUAUGAUGGCGUCUGUCUCUCUGCCUCUGUCUUCUCUCACCACCCUGGACAGUGACACAAUUUUAAACCACCCACCAGAAUUUUUUUCAAGUUUAACCAUUUUACGAUUUCUCGGUUUUUGUGAAUUUAUUACUUCUCUUACUGAACUGCUGCAAAUAGGUUGAAGACUUCUAACAUCGGCCCUCCUCUCCCAGAACGAAGGCUGCACUUCGCCUUGGGAAUUUACCAUGAUAUUUGUAGUAUUGGCUUGAGACCGUGCCACAGCAACUCAGAGGGUUAGCGUGCAAGUCUUAACCACAUCACAGUGUGUCGCUGGUGACGUUCAGAUGGACUUGAUUACAGGCUGAUGGGUAGACUCACCUCUGGUCUGGUACAGAAACGGAGAGGGUUUUCCUUCGGUGUCCAUGUUUUGUUGUGUUCUGGGUGUGAAGAGAAUUUGAUAUAUUUUUUUUAACUAUGGGGUUUAUUUUUCUAAAUAUGGGUUAGUUGAUCAGUGAAUUGAUUGGGGAUGCCCUUAAAAGAAAAUUGAAGUUUUCCCAGUGUGAACCUUAAAAUAUCAGAGAAGGCUGUUCGCUUAUUCAAUUCUCUGUUGGGAGAACAAAACUUCUCUCCAGUGACACUUUAUUAUCUUUGAUUUUUCAAAGGGUCUUGAUCAGUGGUUGUGCCUCAGCUAGACUUUAUGGGACUUUGGUUGCUAUGUAGUAGGCAUUUAUAAAGUCUGAAGUAUCAUAAAUAAAUAAAAAAUAAAGUUAUUUAUUUAAUUAUAUUACCAGUCUUUCUCACUGGUCUGAUUGUUUGGUGCAUUCUUUAAAGCUGAUGGGGUGAGAGUGAACCGAGGACCCAAGCUAAUCUAGCUUUUGCUGCAGCUGAGCAAACGCUUUUGAUGGCUGAUGAGCCUGUCCCUUAGGGUUAUGCUUAAAUGAAGUAAUAGAGUUAUGUUGGUUAUUUUCUUUGUAAAAAUAAAGAAACCUGUUCUUCCAAGGAAGUUGAAAAACCGUGGUGUGAUGUUGGUGUCAGAUGGGUCUGACUGUCCUUCCAGUGCUAGAGCCCAUAGUGAGGUGACCCAGGCCAAAUGUGGACAGCUAGGGUGUGUUCGGCUCUCCUUUACGACUCCUUCUUUUGCAGAAGGAAGCCCUGGAACAAGAAAAGAGAAGUGUGCUGUUUGCAAGUAGAGGCUCAGUUUGGAUCCCAUGAUAGCUGAUUUGAACUUCCAGUUUCAUAUCAGUUAAUUUUUUUUUUUUUUUUUUUUUUUUUUUUUUUUUAUCAGCAGGGUUUUCUUAACUCUUUUGCUGUCUUUACAAACCAGUUACUCGGCUCAGGGGCCAACAGUAAGUUGCUUAUUAGAGCCAGUCAGAGCCUGGUCCAAGGAUUUUUCUAUUCCUGGUCCCGAAUGUUGCCUCUCAGAGGAGAUUAUCCUCUCUCAGCUGUUGUCUUAUAUAAUGGAUCUUUCCUUUGGGGAUAUUUUUAAUAGCCACUCAAAACUUUGCAUUUCACUUAAAACUAUGAAAAAUCAUGGCAACAGAAAGGGCAGAAAAUUCCAAAAGGUAUAUACUUCUGAGAGUUUGUUUUAAUGUAUGCUGAUAAUUUUAGUCUAAAAUGUUUAAUAUAAAGCCGUCACUGAAGUUCCACCCCAGGUAUUCCGGGGCUUCCGUUGACCUGUCCUGGCUGUUUCUAUCGUCUUCUUAGUGUUAUUAUUAAUGAUGCUUAAGGAGUUCCUAGAACCUGCUUCCAGACCCACUGUUUUCUAAUGUUAGGAAAGGGCUUUUCCUCUCCACUGUUCUUUUCUCCUUUGUACUAAAAAUCACUUUUAUAGAGAACGCCUUUCCCCGUAAUACUACCCAGUGCUCAGAUCAGUCACGGGAGUACGGUCCUGAGAAUGGAGGUGGGUGAUGAGAGAGAGUCCUCGUGAGGGCACUUUGUGUACCUGGAACCAAAUCAUACUGACUCUGCUUCUCUCCUGUGGGUGCUGCAUACAUCUGAGUGGAAAGAUGUCCUUGUUGAGCCUUUCGAUGCAGUGACUUUGGGCCUCUGUGGAAUGUGGGGCACCUUGGACUUGCAUUCCCACCAUUAAUUUUCUGUGUCAUUGUCAAUAAUCUCAACCUGAUGAAAAGGACUUUAAAGAGCUGGACUAACCUUUUUGGUUUUCUAAACCUCAUUUUUGAUCGCUAGCCAGAUAUGAUUUCUUGGAAAUUGGCUGAGUUUUCUAACUUGCAACAUUAAGCGGUUAAGGAUAAAUGGCCAUGUCUAGUGUUACACUGAACUUUGUGGCAAAUGUAACUAAAGAGCAGAUGGAUUCUACCGGGAAUUAAAAUGACCGCGUUCCAUUCUCCUUUUGGACUAGGGGGUGUUUAGCCUGGUCUCCAAAAAGACAGAGGUUUUCAUCAUGAUCUUUAUAAACUAUUCUUGUUGCCGUUCCUUUAUAAACCUGCAUCCCCUUCAGUUUUAUAAGGGAAAGAAAAUGAGGACCAAGUGACUCUUGCAAAUGUUUAUUGGAUAAGAAGCUGAGACAAAGCCGAGCCAUGUCCUGAGGGAUCGUUCUCAUUUUCUUUGUGCCUAGUACAAAGUCUCAGAAGUCUCACUUUAGUGUCGAGUAUUUGCAUCUACUCCCAUCCUGUUUGCUCUUAGGGAAGAAAAUCAAUUCUAAUCACACUUUACCAUGAUGGAAGAUGUUUCCUCAUGAAAAAUGCCAAUACAGAUUUUUUAAAAAUCUAUUCCAAAUGCACUUUCUAAUUUUUUGCUUUUGAAAUAGCUUCUUGGAACCAGGUUUAUUGUAUUUGUACUUAAUUUUUGUUCUCAUCUAAAUGUGCGUUUUCUGACAGUAUAGAAGCUUUGUUAUGUAAUUUAAUAAUAAAUUAGAAAUCCAAA